AUGACCAAAGCAAUGACUGAAGCCGAACCUGGUCCCAACUAUAUGCUGAGCGAGGACUAUGAUCCGCACACACUCCCCUGGUAUGAGCCUGAGCUUCAGGAUGUUGAGCCCGAGGCAAGACAGCUUCUCGAGAAAUAUAGCAAGAUCCCAUCCGACGAGGUCGUACAACAUGUGAAUAACAUGCGAGAUCGAGCUUUUGCUGUAUUUCCAUACCCAUGCGUCGGCGCAUUCCGUUUCCUAGAUAUGAGUAUCCCCCAACAACCGAUCUAUCCAGAGAUCCUCGAGCGUCUCAAGUCAGGCCAGAAGCUAUUAGACGUCGGAUGCGCCCUUGGCCAAGAACUGCGUCGAUUGGUCUUCGACGGCGUCCCCUCCGAGAACCUCUACGCCUCCGAUCUCCGCCGCGACUUCUUCUCAAUUAGCUUCGACCUCUUCAACGACCACACCACCCUAAAAACCCAAUUCGUCGAAUCAGACAUCUUCGACCCAACCUCACAACUAGUCCAACAACUCACCGGCAAAAUGGACAUCGUCAACGCAGCCUCCUUCUUCCACCUGUUUGCCUGGGACCAGCAAGUCGCCGCCGUGAGGCAGGUGAUUGCGUUGCUGCGCCCACGGCCGGGGUCUCUCGUUAUUGGUCGCCAGGCGGCGCGUAAGGAUCCUAUCGAUCCGGAUAAUAGGGAGAAUGCCCCUAAGAGAUAUAGACAUGAUGUUGAGACGUGGAAGAGGCUUUGGAGGCAGGUUGAGGUGGAGACUGGGACUAGGUGGGAGGUUGAGGCUUGGUUGGAGGUUUGGGAGGGGGUUGAUUCGGUUUUUAAGAGGUAUCACCCUGGUGUGGAGACUUUUAAGAUGAAUUUUGUGUCGAGGAGGUUGUAA